AUGGCGACGCGGGCCACUCUUUCACGCUCGAUAUGUUCGAAACCCCUACAAAACGGCCUUUCAAGAUGCUUUUCGGUAUUUUCCGCGCGGCGCGGCGAGUUCGGCCCCGUUACUGGCGGGGAAAAGAGUGAGAAGGAACGGCUCAAGGAAGAGGAGGGGAAGCAGGAGGCGGAAGCGGAGUUGACCGGGAAGAAUAGCGUGGAAAGUUUGGCAAGAGCGCAGUCGGUCUCGUGGCAUAGAGAUAGUGAUAAUAAGCCACCGUCUUAUCAGCACCGCGAUCUUAUCUUGCCCGGGCGUCGCGGAGAGCUUGUUUCCACGCCCUCCCGGCUCCUGAAGAUCCUACUCCCACUGCGCCCACAGAACACGGAUCCCACAUCGUCGGCAACAGACGAGCCAUUGGCCCUGCUGAUCCAUCCGAGCCAACCACUAUCGUACAUGGAACGCUUGAUCCAAGCCGAAAUCCCACCUCUCGAGAAGAGCGGCAUAACCCGCCCUCCGGACAUCACCUUUCGGGCGUACAAUCCCGACGCCAGCGACGACGCGCAAAUGGUGCGAUGGUCCGCGGCCACGGAAGUCGGCGACUUCGUGCGCGACGCCAGCAAGCGCAAGGAAUUCGUGAUCGAGAUCGAGAGCGGCGAGCAGAUCAGCGUCAAGGUUCCGUCGUUCCGCGACCGGACGCGGUAUUUGCGGCAGCGGCUGCGCGCGGUUUCCGGAGAGAUCCGGCGGUACAGCGAUCUGAAGGAGGAGUGCGAUAGACUUGCUCAUCGGGGCGCGCAGCAUGUCGCCAUGGCAGGGUUUGGAGGACUGAUUACGUGGUGGGGCGCUGUCUGGUUCGCGACGUUUUAUACUUCGUGGGGUUGGGAGGUCAUGGAGCCGGUUACGUAUUUGGCCGGGCUCACUACGGUCAUCUCGGGUUACUUGUGGUUCCUGUAUCACAAUCGAGAGGUCAGCUACCGCAGCGUGCUGCACAUCACGGUCAGCAAGCGGCAGAUGAAGCUGUACGCGCAAAAGGGAUUCGACAUUGAGCGGUGGGAGGACCUGGUGGAUCAGGGGAAGGCGCUGAGGAAGGAGAUCAAAGCCGUAGCUUCGGAGUACGAUGUCGAGUGGGACGAGUCGAAGGACGAGCUUGGUGACGAGGGCGUGAAGAAGGUGCUGCAGGAUGACAGCGAAAAGAAGAAGAAAGACAGGGACGAUGAUGAUGAAGAUAGUCUCAGUAGACGGGAUUAGACGUGUUGGGGUUGAGUGUUCUCUGGUUUAUGUUUUGUUGCCGUAGAUACCUGUUUUGACUGGCGAAAUGAAUCAAUCUGUACCUAAAGCAUGUCUUGAGCAUCGUCUGUAUUUGCUUUCUACCUACCCAGUCAGCUAAUACCAUGACAGUAGCGUGUUCGGAGUUAUGUGUC